GUUGGAGGCAGUUUACCACUAGUUUGUUCUUGGAAUAAUAUAUUUGUAUAGGAUAUAGUGAAAGAGGAACUAUUACCUUGCUAUUGGAGUUAAUCGUGUUCUUUGCGUAAUAUGUCAGAGGGCCGGGUUAGUCCAACUUAAUUAAGUCGGACAAUCAAACGCGAUGUCUUCAACAACAGUAUCUCAAGUCAACGGGACUAUUUUGUCUGGACCAAUCAAUACGACAGUAGAUGGUAUGAAUAGUACGACUACUGUCGAUGUUUACGAGGAACCAUACGAAAACGUGGAAGCCAUUCUGGUGCCUAUUCUCUUCGCUAUAAUAUUUCUUAUUGGCGUUGUGGGAAACGUCACUUUGAUCUAUACGGUUUUAAAGAACAAGUCUUUAAGGAAUACUCCUAACAUCUUUGUCGUCAGUUUAUCCGUUGGUGAUUUACUGUUAUUAUUGUGCUCAGUGCCGUUUUCGUCCACGCUUUUCACGUGUUUCUCUUGGCCUUUCGGGAUAUUUCUGUGUAAAUUCAACGAAUACAUGCAAACACUUUCUCUUGGUGUCUCGGUAUUUACAUUAACCGCACUUAGUGGCGACAGGUAUAUUGCCAUUGUUCAUCCCAUGACCAGACACACGGGAAAACCUACGCUUAAAACAGUGGUAGCUGUGGUUGGAAUUUGGAUCUUUUCCGCAGCACUUGCCAUACCUGAGGCAGUUACAUCAAACGUACUAUAUUUUGAAGGAGGAGCCCCUAUGGACAAUGGCAACACCACAAUCGUACCAAUUACUAUCGCAAUUUGUAACAUAUAUCCGGAGAACAGCUUGCCAGUAUGGUACAACAAGGCACACUCCAUGUACAGAUUCAUAGUGUUCUUUGUUAUACCGCUCAUCGUCAUCGCAAUGUUCUACGUCAUGAUGGCUAGAAUCCUGGUAAUCAGCAGUAAAGCAUUGCCCUGUGAAUCCGUGAAAGGAUCAGCGAUGAAUCAACAGCAGAAAAGACAGAUUGAAGCACGUUUGAAGGUGGCCAAAUUAGUUCUUUCAUUCGUCGUAAUUUUUGUUGUAUGCUGGCUACCACGGCACAUCUCGAUCCUAGCAGGCCACUUCGCCGAACCGGAGUACAACAUGUUUUGGCACGUUCUGAAAAUAACAUCAUUUUGCCUGACUUAUAUCUACUCAUGCGUGAAUCCAUACGCGCUCUACUUUCUAAGCAGCAAGUUUAGGAAGUAUUACAACCGCUAUUUGUUCUGUUGCUGCCGUAAGAGCUCUUAUCUUGGUUUAGCGGGCGGGGAACAUUCGGCCUCGUACAAAUGUAACAGCACUAUGCGCAGAGGCAGCACGACUUGUACGGUCGUGUUGCACUCACAGUCCAUGAGUUAAAACUGUGAAUGGUGACAUAUUAAUUUAUAUUUAUAGCAAGGUUACAAAAGGUUAGGUAUACAUAAAUUAUUCUGAAUUGGCACAUUGAAAGUUUUUCCCACUUAAUCUUAGCGAAAACGAUAAAAAUUAUUAUUUUGACGCAUGCUAUUUAUAAUUUAAAUAUUACUAUGUUGUACAGGAACUCGAACGCUGAUUGCAAAGCCAAUUUUAAAACGAUACAUACAGUUUUAAUCAUUACAAAACAUGGUAUAUAACCCUUGAGAAAAACAAGAGACUAGCUUAAUGUAGGCCCGAACUAUUUCAGAAUGGGAUCGGAUUAUUCUUUUGACUUCAAAUAUGAUGUUAUGUCAACUUAUAGCCGAUUAAAACCUUACUGUGGAAAUAUCCAGUUUUUUUGUAUCAAGGAGUAUAAAAUUUAUCGCCAAGACAUAUGUUAUUCACUAUAACACUAUACUUUCCUUAUCAAAGUGUUAGAUUGUAAAUGUAAGAAUAUGAGUGCAUGGAAUAUUACGCAUGGAUUAAUCGUUUAUAUGAUGUAUAUCGGGUAUGAGUAUUGUCUUUUGUGAAUCGACGUGUAUGUACCAUCAAUUAAUGCACUAUGCAUACAAGAAAUGCGCGACCUUUUCAACUACGAACAAAUACACUAGACAUGAAUAAUAUAUCAAGACCAAACGGAACAAAAGUAAUGUUUUGUUACAACAAAGCUUUAAGUAAAAACACAAAUCAUAAAUCAGCACGCUUGUAGGUGAUAAUGGCCGUUCGUUACCUAGUUCUGUUCUUGGUCCACUAAUUGAAACAAUUCACCCUCUUGGCAAAAACAAUUGCAAAAUGACGGUUCUGGUACACAGUUAUUUGUCUAGGGUAAUUGUUUCAUUCCAAAAUGGAACACAAGAAAUGCCAAUGAACAUCGUUUCAUAGCAUUCACCUUUUAGUACAACAACUUGCUUAUACGUGUACAUUCACCUCAAAUCUUCACCAAGAUGCAACAACGUCGUUCAGUCGAACAAUUCUGCUAUGCAUACUGCACUAAUUAAUAUUUAUACCUGAAUGCAUCAUAAUCGUUUUGUCAUGACUUAAGUAUAGUAAUUAACGAGUUGCUGCAUUAUUAGUCUACAGUGUUACAUAGUUUUAUGAUAAACUGACCAAGGAAUGUUAACAGUAAUCUAUGUGUUUAUUUAGGAAAAUAAAAAAGGAUACUAGAAAGUAUUGAAAGGCCACGGAACAAUAAGCGGUUCUUCGAAGUCACACGAUUUUUUCAAAGUCGUUUUUAGAGACAGUGUUUGAGGAAUGCUUGAGAAAGUAACUCUUAAUUCUACUUGUUCUUAAUUAUAGCCAAUAAAGCCAAUGUCAGUAUAACUAAUUGGGUUAAUGAAGAGAAUAUGUAAGAACUCGUAUGAAAUGUAGAAAUGUGUAAUUAUAAGAAAGUCAUAUAAUUUAAGUACAGACAUUUUCCUGGAUUUUUUUUUUUUAAUUUUUAGCCAGAUUUAUUUUCAAAUCGAUUCCCAUUUAAUAAAUUUGAAUGUGUAUGACUGUUGAUAUGUGUUAUUAUCUGUAAUCUGUUUAAUCAUAGCAAAGUUCUUUUCUCGGAUACGUUUUAGCCGGAAUCUCUUUCAUUUUCCAUUUUAAGGGAGCAUUGUGUGUUUGGUUUGUUGUCACCAUGCUGGACAAGUGGAUUUCUUCAGGAAACUAUUGACUACCCUCAGAACGAAACCUUACUUUUGCGUUAAAGCAUGCCAACGAGAUUGAUUAAUACAGUCGUUUUUAAUAUUUUUUUCACAAUCAUUGAAACGUAAAAUAGUUCACACUAAAUUUCCUGAUAGUUUGAAUUGCGAGUUCUUUUUUUUUAAUCGAAUGCAAAAACAAAAUGGUGCAAAAUGAAGUAAAAUGCUGUAACCGCUAAAAAUAUUUCUUACUAUAUUGUUUGUUUGACGCAUUAUAAAGCCUUUACUUUCACUUUUAUUUUUUUUUCAUGUAGAUUUCCUGUUUAAGUUAAUAAAAUUCAUGAAAGGUUUAUUUCUGUAUAUUUUACAUUUUUUGUUCUAGCGUCCAAGUAUCUCGUUAUGUAUUUCAUAUAAUGAUCUAUUAUAUUGAAAUUCUUGUUUAUAAUAGCAAUAAUAUUUGUUGCAAAAGCAUUUUGCCUUCAUGUUUUUGAUUGCUGAAACGAUAGAAUGUAUAUAGAUUAUUAAUCCGUUGUCAAGCCUUUUGAAAAUGUAGUGAAAGCAAGAUAUGUAAAAUAAAUACAUUUAAUAAAGCACAAGAACAAGCAUGUUAUUUGUAUUUCGAAUGACUUUGUACCUUAUUUUGCUUUAAAUGUAUGCAUACAGAUAGUAUGAGUGAUAA